CUCCGCUGCCUCGCUAGCCAGUGCACUCCGCCGGCCGCCGAGCGCCCACCACGGCGAGCUCUCCCCGCGCAGCCUCCGAUCCCUCGGCCUCCGGGCGUACCGCUCUGCCCGCGCUUCUCCAGCGCUCGGUCCCGACGUUGCGCCUUCGUCGCCGGCCCCGGCCGCUACACCCGUGUCCACACAGGCUCCCUGCUGGGCACAAACAGCUCCACCAUGGGGCUGGCCUGGGGACUCAGUGUCCUGUUCCUGUGGCAUGUGUGCGGCUCCAACCGCAUUCCAGAGUCUGGGGGAGACAACAGCGUGUUUGACAUCUUUGAACUCACGGGGGCUGCCCGCAAGGGUUCUGGGCGCCGACUGGUGAAGGGUCCUGACCCUUCCAGCCCAGCUUUCCGCAUCGAGGAUGCCAACCUGAUUCCCCCUGUGCCUGACGACAAGUUCCAAGACCUAGUGGAUGCUGUGCGGGCGGAGAAAGGUUUCCUCCUCCUGGCCUCCCUGAGGCAAAUGAAGAAGACCCGGGGCACGCUGCUGGCCGUGGAGCGGAAAGACCACUCCGGCCAGGUCUUCAGCAUAGUCUCCAACGGCAAGGCGGGCACCCUGGACCUGAGCCUGACCGUGCAGGGGAAGCAGCAUGUGGUGUCGGUAGAAGAAGCACUCCUGGCGACCGGCCAGUGGAAGAGCAUCACCCUGUUUGUACAGGAGGACAGGGCCCAGCUGUACAUCGACUGUGAGAAGAUGGAGAAUGCUGAGCUGGACGCUCCCAUCCAAGGCAUCUUCACCAGGGACCUGGCCAGCAUCGCCAGGCUCCGCAUUGCCAAAGGAGGUGUCAAUGACAAUUUCCAGGGUGUGCUGCAGAAUGUGAGAUUUGUCUUUGGAACCACACCAGAAGACAUCCUCAGGAACAAAGGCUGCUCCAGCUCUACCAGUGUCCUUCUCACCCUUGACAACAAUGUGGUGAAUGGUUCCAGCCCUGCCAUCCGCACCAACUACAUUGGCCACAAGACAAAGGAUCUGCAAGCCAUGUGUGGCAUCUCCUGUGACGAGCUAUCCAACAUGGUCCUGGAGCUCAGGGGCCUGCGCACCAUCGUGACCACCCUGCAGGACAGCAUCCGCAAAGUGACUGAAGAGAACAAAGAGCUGGUCAAUGAGCUGAGGAGGCCCCCGCUCUGCUACCACAAUGGAGUCCAGUACAGGAAUGGUGAGGAAUGGACGGUGGACAGCUGCACUGAGUGUCGCUGCCAGAACUCAGUUACCAUCUGCAAAAAAGUGUCCUGCCCUAUCAUGCCCUGCUCCAAUGCCACAGUUCCUGAUGGAGAAUGCUGCCCGCGGUGUUGGCCCAGCGAUUCUGCGGACGAUGGCUGGUCCCCAUGGUCUGAGUGGACCUCUUGCUCUGUGACGUGUGGCAACGGAAUCCAGCAGCGCGGCCGCUCCUGCGACAGCCUCAACAACAGAUGCGAGGGCUCCUCCGUGCAGACACGGACCUGCCACAUUCAGGAGUGUGACAAGAGAUUUAAACAGGAUGGCGGCUGGAGCCACUGGUCCCCGUGGUCGUCUUGUUCUGUAACAUGUGGAGACGGUGUGAUCACAAGAAUCCGGUUGUGCAACUCUCCCAGCCCCCAGAUGAAUGGGAAGCCAUGUGAGGGCGAAGCUCGGGAGACCAAAGCCUGCCAGAAAGAUGCCUGCCCCAUCAAUGGAGGCUGGGGACCUUGGUCGCCAUGGGACAUCUGUUCUGUCACCUGUGGAGGAGGGGUACAGAAACGUAGUCGGCUCUGCAACAACCCCACACCCCAGUUUGGGGGCAAGGACUGCAUUGGUGAUGUGACAGAAAACCAGAUCUGCAACAAGCAGGACUGUCCCAUCGAUGGAUGCCUGUCCAAUCCCUGCUUUGCUGACGUCAAGUGUACCAGCUACCCUGAUGGCAGCUGGAAGUGUGGUGCUUGUCCCCCAGGCUACAGCGGAAAUGGCAUCCGGUGCAAAGAUGUUGAUGAGUGCAAAGAAGUCCCUGAUGCCUGCUUCAACCACAACGGAGAGCACAGGUGUGAGAACACAGACCCCGGCUACAACUGUCUGCCCUGCCCGCCACGCUUCUCUGGCUCGCAGCCCUUCGGCCGGGGCGUGGAACAUGCCACCACCAACAAACAGGUGUGCAAGCCCCGCAACCCCUGCACGGACGGCACACACGACUGCAACAAGAAUGCCAAGUGCAACUACCUGAGCCACUACAGUGACCCCAUGUACCGCUGCGAGUGCAAGCCCGGCUACGCCGGCAAUGGCAUCAUCUGUGGGGAGGACACAGACCUGGACGGCUGGCCCAACGAGGACCUGGUGUGCGUGGCCAAUGCAACUUACCACUGCAAAAAGGAUAAUUGCCCCAACCUUCCCAACUCAGGGCAGGAAGACUAUGACAAGGACGGAAUCGGCGAUGCCUGUGACGAUGAUGAUGACAAUGAUAAAAUUCCAGAUGACAGGGACAACUGUCCGUUCCAUUACAACCCAGCCCAGUAUGACUACGACAGAGAUGACGUGGGAGACCGCUGUGACAACUGCCCCUACAACCACAACCCAGACCAGGCUGACACGGACAACAAUGGGGAAGGAGACGCCUGCGCAGCAGACAUUGAUGGGGACGGUAUCCUCAAUGAACGGGACAACUGCCAGUAUGUCUACAAUGUGGACCAGAGAGACACUGACAUGGAUGGGGUUGGAGAUCAGUGUGACAACUGCCCCCUGGAACACAAUCCAGAUCAGCUCGACUCUGACUCGGACCGCAUUGGAGAUACCUGUGACAACAAUCAGGACAUUGAUGAAGACGGCCACCAGAACAACCUGGACAACUGUCCCUACGUGCCCAACGCCAACCAGGCCGACCAUGACAAGGAUGGCAAGGGCGAUGCCUGCGACCAUGACGAUGACAAUGACGGCAUUCCUGAUGACAGGGACAACUGCAGGCUCGUGCCCAAUCCUGAUCAGAAGGAUUCUGAUGGUGAUGGUCGAGGUGAUGCUUGCAAAGAUGAUUUUGACCAGGACAAUGUGCCAGACAUCGAUGACAUCUGUCCCGAAAACGUUGAUAUCAGUGAGACCGAUUUCCGCCGAUUCCAGAUGAUUCCUCUAGAUCCCAAAGGGACAUCCCAAAAUGACCCUAACUGGGUUGUACGCCAUCAGGGUAAAGAACUCGUCCAGACUGUCAACUGUGAUCCUGGACUUGCUGUAGGUUAUGAUGAGUUUAACGCUGUGGACUUCAGUGGCACCUUCUUCAUCAACACCGAAAGGGAUGAUGACUAUGCCGGAUUUGUCUUUGGCUACCAGUCCAGCAGCCGCUUCUACGUUGUGAUGUGGAAGCAAGUCACUCAGUCCUACUGGGACACCAACCCCACAAGGGCUCAGGGAUACUCCGGCCUUUCUGUGAAGGUCGUGAACUCCACCACGGGGCCUGGCGAGCACCUGCGGAAUGCCCUGUGGCACACAGGAAACACCCCUGGCCAGGUACGCACGCUGUGGCAUGACCCUCGUCACAUAGGCUGGAAAGAUUUCACCGCCUACAGAUGGCGUCUGAGCCACAGGCCAAAGACGGGUUUCAUUAGAGUGGUGAUGUAUGAAGGGAAGAAAAUCAUGGCCGACUCAGGACCCAUUUAUGACAAAACCUAUGCUGGCGGUAGGCUAGGGUUGUUCGUCUUCUCUCAAGAAAUGGUGUUCUUCUCUGACCUGAAAUAUGAAUGCAGAGAUUCCUAAUCAUCAAACUGUUGAUGAAAAGACUGAUCAUAACCAUUGCUGGUAUUGCACCUUCUGGAACCAUGGGCUUAAGAAAAACCCCAGGAUCACUCCUCCCUGCCUGCCUUUGCUCUCUGCUUGCAUCAGUGUGGACUCUUAGAACAUGUGACUUGCCUCAAGAAAAUGCAGUUUUCCAAAUCAGACUCAGCAUUCAGCCUCUGAAUGAGAAGAAUCUUCCAAGGAUAUAAACAAUGACUUUGGUUGGCUUUUGAAAAAUCAAAAAUCACUUGCUUCGGUUGGAAGGUGCCUGUCCCACUCUGCUUUUGUCAGGGCAGAGGGCGAUUGUGAGGCCAGCUCUGAGCAGUGGACUCCAAAGCGUUUUCAGGCGUGUGAGAGAAGGGAGGACUCGCUAGAAUUGACAAACAAAACCAGCCCUGACCUACUCCCUUGGGAAUGGGGGGGGCGGGGCCGAAGCCCUAAGGGGAGGGCGCAUACCCAAGAGACGAUUGUAUGAAGAAAACAUGGAGGGACUGUUACAUUUUCGGUACUAAAUCAUUUUCAGGGGAAAGACUGUUGAUGGAUUUCAUGAUGCUGACCCACGUUAGCUGAUUGACCCACGUAAAUAGGCACUUAAAUAGAAGCAGGGAAGGAAGGAAAAGACUGGCUUGUGGACUUCCUCCCGGAUUUCCACCCCUUACACAUCACCUGUAGCAACCAGAACAGGGAGUCAGAACUAAACCAGCACAAGGCAGUGCUGGCUGCCACGGCCUGGUUAUAUUGAAAUUGUCAGUUGUAUUCCAGACGUAGCUUGUGCAGAUGUAGCAGGGAAAUAAGAAAACCUACCAUCUCAGUGAGCACUGGGCUACCUCCCAAGGGAAAGGUAGCCGUGCUUGUAUUUUUAUGGUUAGAAAGGCACAAAAUUAUCAACUAAGACAUUCCUUUUCUCUCUUUUUUCCUGAAUAUCAUGGAGUUUUCCAAUUUUUCUCUUUUGGACUGUAGUUUGGUGUUUGUUUUUUUUUUGUUUUUUUUUUUUACAAACAUUUUACAAUGUAAAAUAUUUAUUUUUUACUUAUUCUGGAGGAUCUGUCUGAAAGACUAUUCAUGGAACAGGAAGAAGCAUAAUAUCAUCUUUGCUACAAGUCUUCAUGACUGUAAGAUUGUAAAUACAGAUUAUUUAUUAACUCUGUUCUACCUGGAAUCUAGGUUUCAUAUGGAAAGUGUUUGAGAGCUGGUAGUUGAGAUUGAUCAGCAAAACUUUCAUAGGAAUGGCACAAGGAAAUCAGCACAGCAAGCUGCUCUUCGUUUUGUGCUUAGACUGAAUGAUUUGGGAUUCUUCUUUUUUCCUUUAUUUUUUCAGGUGGAAUUAUUUGGUUGUCCAUUUGCAAGUGUUUUUAGUUUGCAAAGAAAGCCAGGAGGGCUUUAAUACUGUUUUGCUCCAUCCCUUGUGCCUAUUUCCAGGGAGAUGAAAAGCAUCUACAUUUAUUAUUUUUGCCUUUUUCCAAAAGAAAAAAAUGACAAAGGUGAAACUUGUAUACAAAUAUUACCUCAUUUGUUGUGUGACUGAGUAAAGAAUUUUUUGGAUCAAGCAGAAAAGAGUUUAAGUGUCUAACAAACUUAAAGCUACUGUAGUACCUAAAAAAAAAAAAAAAAAAAGUCAAUGUUGUACAUAGUAUAAAAAUUCUUCACAGAAAAGUAUUCCCAAUAAGGAAAUAGCAUUGAAAUGUUAAAUACAUUUUCUGAAAGUUGUGUUUUUCUAUCAUCUUGUAUACCAUUGCUUUAUUUUUAUAAAUUAUUUUCUCAUUGCCAUUGGAAUAGAUAUCUCAGAUUGUGUAGAUAUGCUAUUUAAAUAAUUUAUCAGGAAAUACUGCCUGUAGAGUUAGUAUUUCUAUUUUUAUAAAAUGUUUGCACACUGAAUUGAAGAAUUGUUCGUUUUUCUUUUUGUUUUGUUGAUUUGUUUUUUGCUUGUUACCCUCUCCCUGUUUUUACUAUUUGCCAAUACUUUUCUAGGAAUGUGCUUCUUUUGUACACAUUUUUAUCCAUUUUACAUUCUAAAGCAGUGUAAGUUGUAUAUUACUGUUUCUUAUGUACAAGGAACAACAAUAAAUCAUAUGGAAAUUUA